AUGGAACAAGAAACUUCUCAGUUCGAGUCCAGCGAGAUGCUAGCGGCGUAUCUGGCGUCGACGCCGCUCCUCGAGGAAUCGUGGCGGCGGUGCCGUAACGCCAACGUCGCCGCCCAGCUGAGCUUCGCCGUGGAUCGUGUGGGGACGGUGGCUUACGUGGCGUUCUCCGGCGUACAGGCGGUUGAUUGCGCGGAGGAAAGUUGCUGGAGUUUGGUAGAUCUGGAAGGUGGCGGCGGAAAGGUGAUUUUCGGUCCGUUUUGCGGCGGCGAUGAGGAAGAACCGGUGAUGGUGCACGGCGGCCUGCUCCGCCUUUUUCUCCUCUUUUACCACACCCACGGUUUCCAGCAAAAGAUUCACGAAGUGGUGAACGAGUGCAAAUCGGUGAUUUUGACCGGCCACUCCCUUGGCGGCGCCGUAGCUUCCCUCACGGCCCUUUGGCUCCUCUCCGUCCUCCAAACCAACAACAUCCACGUCAUGUGCGUCACGUUCGGCUCCCCAAUGCUCGGUAACCAAUCCUUCUCUCGUGCCGUCCUCCAGGAGAGAUGGGCUGGCCACUUCAUCCACGUCGUGGCCCAGAAUGACAUAGUCCCCCGCCUGCUGUUCGCCCCACCAUCCUCUUUCAUGGACCACCUGCCAGCCCUUAUCCACUUGUGGCACUCGUCCAUGGCCUCGUGCAUUGUUCCCAACUUUUUUUCAUGCGGUAGCUUGGCCGAGCUGUGCAGGGUGAUAGCAGCCUGUCUGGAGGGAGGAGGCGGGGCCCACCACGGGAGGACCUCGUUCUGGCCGUUUGGUAGCUACAUGUUGUGCACUGGAGACGGGGCAAUCUGCUUGGACAAUGGAGUGGCUAUCGUGAGGUUGCUUUAUUCGAUACUCGUAGCAGCAAAGGGCGAUAACUCCUCCUCCUCGUGCGUGAGGAAUCAUCUCGAGUAUGAGGACUAUGUCGGGAGGGCCAGCUGGCGCUACCUUACGAAGAAGCCGUCUGCCGACACGUGGUUUUUUUCCGAGUCGAGCACUGAGGCAGGGACCGCCCUCGCAUUACGUUCUUCCGGACUGAAUCGUUCCGAGGUGAUCGAACCGAUCGCGAAAAACAGCCUCAUGCUGGCGAGACAGCUUGGGUGCAGUCGCAACCUCAAUGCAGCGAAAAUGGCCGUCUCGUUAUCGAAAGUGACCCCACUCCGUGCGCAGAUCGAGUGGUACAAGGCUUUCUGCGACUACCACCACUCGGGCUACUACGACUCAUUCAAGCAAAGAGGUGCCUCAAAGCGUGGCUCCAAGGUUAACAUGAACCGAAUCCGUCUUGCUGCCUUCUGGGACAAACUCUUACUCAUGAUCGACUCAAAUCAACUCACCCACGACUUCCACAAGCUUCCCAAGUACGUUAACGCCUCCCGAUCCUACACCCUUUUGGUCGAGCCUCUCGAGAUUGCAGAGUACUACAGGACGGGCAUGCACGAGAAGAAGGGCCACUACAUACAGCACGGGCGCGAGAAGAGGUUCAAGAUUUUCGAUAGGUGGUGGCGCGAGAGGAAAGUCGGGGACGAGGAGAAUGGCCCGCGGAGCAGGUUUGCAGGCUUGACCCAAGAUUCGUGCUUUUGGGCUAGGGUUGAGGAGGCUAGGGAUUAUGUGUAUCGGGUCACGUGUGAGGUGGACUCGGGCAGGCAUUUGGAGCUUUUGGAUGAGAUUGGGAGGUUUGAGAAGUACGCACGAGGGUUGGUCGAGAGGAUGGAGGUGUCGGUGGACGUGCUGGCAAAAGACUCGAGCUACAGUUUGUUUAAGGAGGAGUGGGAAGUGCUCAAGUGUCAGCUGAAGCUUGUGCAGUUGCCGGCUUGUUUGAGUUCUCAGGAUGGGAUGGGUCAGGAUAUACGUUUGGAAGCUGAGGGAAAUUCCAUGUCGAUCGGAUUUCCGUGA